GCUCAUUCUCUGACAAGACAGAGGGAAUGACAUUUAGCUGUGAUUUAUCUUGGCUUUCCCUCUGACUAUUUGGAUUUUGAAAUGAUCUACUGAGAUGAAGAGAAUCGCUGGAUGAAUCCAAACAUGGCAGCUGUGCGUUCAUUCAUUUUGUUUCAUGUUGCCUUUGGCUUUUUACACCACGGUUUGGGGCUGAUUUCAGACUACAAAUUAUGUGGAGACCCCGAAUGUGAAAGCAUGAUAAGUCGUGUGCAGGCACAGAGAGACCAUACAGCUAAAGACUGCCGCUUUCUAAACCUCAAAAAAGGGGAUAUGAUCACUGUAUACUACAAACUCACUGGAAAAAGAAAUGAUCUCUGGGCAGGAAGUAUAGAAAAGCUGUCUGGAUUGUUCCCAAAAGAUGCCAUCAAGGUUGAUCAACUGUUUAUUGAUGAGAAAAAGGAAAUACGGGUGCCAACCCAGGAAUAUGACUUCAUCUGCUUUGAUGAACAUGGUUCAGUCAUUGAGCACAGCACUGCAUUUAAUGAUCUGGAAGAUUUCACACAAGAAACCCAAGAAAGUGAUAUCAAUGAAGUCCAUGAUAAACCUGCUGAUAGAGAAGAGAGUGAACCCAUAACGAUUUCUGUUCAAGAUGUUUCUGAUCAAAACAGCCUCAAGACAACAGAAAAAGGUGGGUCUUCAUGGAUAGGCUCUGCUGUUAAUGGAUGGUUUGGCAGGAAUGAACAAAGCAAUGAUGAACCACAGGAUGAAAGCAGUGAAGAAUCCUUCAAAAGCAGAAAAAUAGUGAUGGAUAUCGAGGAGAACCACGUGGAGGAAAAUACGAACUCUGGAGCGUUUGGUUGGAUCAGGGGUGAACUAACCAAUGCUUUUGGAUUUGGAGACAAGGAUCUAAAGACUGACACUCAGGACAAAAUUGAGAACCCAGCAAAUGAUAAAGACACCUCAUCUCAGGAGUCUACCUCCUGGAUAAGAAUGGGUAGAGAUGUCUUGGGCUUUAGUGAAGACAAUACUCCAGCUACAACUAAACCUGAAGCUGGGAUGGCAGAUCAAAACACACACAUGGAGGACCAAAACAUUCUUAAACCCAGUCAGAACAUGGAUUUGAAUGACAAAAUACAGAGAGAUGAAAACAACCCUGAUGAAAGUGUGGAGAAUGAGGAUGGUCCCAUGGAGAACAUGACAUCAGAAAAUGAUAAAGUAGAGGAACAGACGGGGUGGUACGAAAACAUGUACAACGGAAUUACAAACCUUUACAAAGAAGAACUAACUAAACAAGAUGAGGAUGAUGGAGGCAAAGACAGUUUGUCUGAGGAAGGAAGCCCUGGAUUUGCUACAAGCACUGAGAACAUGGAAACCAAAGAGUCAGAAUCAAGCUCAGAGUCCAUAUUUUCAGUCAGCGGCCUGGCAUCAGUGCUUAAACUUCCAUUUCAGGUAGACACAAAAGUAAAGAGAGAUGAGGAAAAAACAGCAAAGGAAGAACAUUCAGGUGAGGAAGACUUUGAUGAGGAACAAAAUAAUAGCGAGGAUCAAAAAGAAGAAAUGUUGAGUGAUAUCGAUGAGCAGGACUCAAACCCAAUAGACAAUGAUGUACUUAGUAAAACUCAGUCACUGUCUGAUAAAACAAAAGACAACAUUGAAUUUGAUAGCACUGAAGAAUCUAAUAUGACAGAAGACGGCACAGACAAGUCAGCAGAUAAUUUAAAUGAAGAAGCUAAAAGUGCAAACAAUGUUAAUGUUUUAGAGGGAGAGGUGGAGCAAGGCAUGCAAAGUGAUGAGGAAAAGACAGCAAAGGAGGUAGAUUCAGGUAAGGAGGACUUUCUUGAGCAACAGAAGUUGGAAAAGGAAGAAAUGUCUGUUGACGAUGUUGAUUUAAUAAGUGAAACUCAGGCACUAUCAUACAAAACAAUGACUUUAAAAGACAGUGUUGCAUCUGAUGACAUUAGAGAAACGGAUGGCUUUUCUCAAAAAUCCAACACCCAAAAUGAUGAUGUUAAAUCUGCAAAUAAUUCAAUUGAUGUUAUUCAAAGCAAAACCAAAUUGACUGAUUUAUCUGAUGACAUUUCAGAAGACAAGCUGUCUGAUCAAGACAAUUUAGACACUAUCAAACAGCAAAAAAGUGAUUAUCAUCAAAUUAGCACAGAUACUGAAGCUGGUGCUGAUAUAUCUGAAUUGCCAGAGACAGAUAUUCAUAAUGAGUUUCAUUAUCAAAAAACACAAGAAUCUAAUAUCAAGACUGUCACAAUUAGUCAAAGUGCAAAUGCAGAUUUGAAUUCAAAACUGACUGUGGAAGCAUUAUCAGAAUACAUUAAUGAAAAAUGUUUAGCUGAAGAUGACAAAGGUACAUCAAAAGAAGAUGGUAAUUUAGUAAUGGAUAGAAAUUAUAAGUUAAUUAUGGCCGAAAAUGAUGAGUUAGUUAUGGACAAAAAUGACAAGGUAGUUAUGGACAGAAAUGACGAGUUAGUUAUGGACAAAAAUGACAAGAUAAUUAUGGACAAAAAUGACAAGUUAGCUAUGGACAGAAAUGGCGAGUUUGUUAUGGACAAAAAUGACAAGUUAGUUAUGGACAGACAUGACGAGUUAGUUAUGGACAGAAAUGAUGAGUUAGUUACGAACAAAAAUGAAAAUUUAGUUAUGGGCAAAAAUGACAAGUUAGUUAUGGACAGAUACGAGACACAAUUAGAUGAAGUAUUAUCAAAAGACAACACAUUUUACGAAGAAAAGUUAUCAGAUUCAGAAGCUCUCGCAACGGAAAUGAGCAAUAAACAUAAACUGGACACAAACAUAAGGCCUUCUGAUGAAGGAACUUCUCAUAUUCCCACUCUUGGAACUGAAGAAACAGCUGUUAUUAGUGAAGAAAAUCUACAUACAGACCUUCAGUCAAAUUCAGCCCUAAAAGCCACAGAUGAUAAAAUGUAUAAUACCAGCGACUCACAUGAUGUGUUACUGGAGAUACAAAAAGCAGGAAUUAGCAUUGUUAAGGAUACUAAGGAAGGUGAAUAUACAGAUGAGGUUGUAGUGAAUAGAGAGCAAAAUGAAUUAGGUAGAGUUUCUGAACCUACAGAGAAUAAUUUUGAAACAAAAGAGCUAGAGGGUGACACACAAAUCACAAACGAGACCCUGAUAGAAGAAAGCCAUACAAAAAGCCCAUCACUGAACACAUCUGAUGGAUCCACUAAUUCAAAAGAUGGUGUUCAUGAUCUCAGUUUACCAGAAAAUGCAGACAAUGAUACAAUUCUCAACACUGUUAGUACUGAAGACCCAGGUGACUAUACCACUUCCAAAGAAACAAAAUUAACAGAUGAUAUCUUCUCGGAGAAUGACCCAGUUCAGGAUGGCAGUAUAAAUAAUAUGCUUGAUCAAAAUCAGAGUGUUGAACACAAAGCGGAGACUGACACUGCAAAUAUGGAGGAUCAAAUUGCAGAAAGUGUCACGAAGAGGGAGGAAAGUGAUCAAACUGAUUCAGAAAGUGUCACGAAGAGGGAGGAAAGUGAUCAAACUGAUUCAGAAAGUGUCAUGAAAAGGGAGGAAAGUGGCACAGGUGCCACCUGGGAUCAAAGUGAUGAUAGUGACAUGGCGGUGCAGUCGGAUGAUAAAGAGGAACAGGGUGAUGAAGAGCGACCUGGAAGCCCUGAAAUUCAAGAAAAAAAGACUGUCAACCAUUCUACAGAAACUUCUAAAAAAUAUACAAACUUAUAUCCUCAUCUGAGUGAACAGAAUAUCCAAGAUCUUUUAGAUUUAUUCGGAGACCAUAAGUUAUCUCGGCUGGAUUCCAAACUUGGAAACACUGAUGCUGGCCAAGAUAAUAAAGAUCUUAAAGAACUCAGUGACUUUGAACAGCAGUUGGAAUACCACAUGAAGUUGAACACAAAAGGACUUAAUCAACAAGAUAACAAUUUUCCUGGCAAGAAUAAUAUUAAUGAAUACCCAGCACUACAAAAACUGUAUACCCUCUUAUCUACUCUAAGAGAGAAAUAUUCACCAGUGAUAACAGAAGUCAGUGUAGAAAGCCCAGGGAUCAGCGAAGAUGGCUGUGUUCAAGAAGCAUGUCUAGAUGUGAAUAAGAAUACACUAAUCUCCUCAACAGAGCUUAAAAAUAAUCAAGUUACCCAAGACAGAUCUGAUAUAAAUGACUUGAGUAACCCUCAAAAUGAGCCAGACACAGAGGAGAAGUACCUUUCAGGGAACGGAGCUAAUGUGGAAGGUGUUCAGACUGAUGAGCAGGAAAUAAGAAAGCGUGAGGAUUGGGUAUCUUCUGAAAUCAAGAAAACUUCCCAAAACCAUGGUCUAAUGUCUGAGGAGCAUGUUGAAUCACAGAACGGUGAAUGGAAAUUUUAUCAAAUGGCAGUUUUUGUUGAAGUCACAAUUAAUGAAAUUGCAUCUAUAUUGGACAAGGUUGUGUCUUCACUUCCGGAUGAUAUACGGCCUGGCCCUGACUUAUAUGGACUUCCAUGGGAAGCCGUGGUUUUCACAGGAUUUUUAGGUUUAUGCACAUUGCUUCUGUUCAGCUGCAGGUUCAUUCAUUCUAUGAAAAGUCGACUAUAUGCAAGUAAAGAGAAGCAAAUGGCACGUAAAGUGGCUGAACUGCUUGAUGAAAAAUGCAAAGUUUUGGAGACAUUCAGUGAGGUUAAACAAAAGUUUGAUAAACUAGAGUCCACACUGCAGAACAAUGGCAUGUCUGCGCAAGCUGCAGAAAAUGACAGCUUAGAGGUGUCAUCAAAGAAACUUGAACAAUCAAAUGCUCAGAUUAAAAAGGAAAUUAAGAGGCUACAGGAAGAGCUGUCCCAACAAAACAAAGCAAGAAAACAACAAGAGGAUCAGCUUGCUGAACUCGAGCAGAUUUUAAGUAAUUUAGAAGAGGAAGCUAAAGAUCGAAAGUCACAGUUAGAACAGGACAACACAACACUGAAGAUUCAUGAGAUCAACACAGAGAGAUUACAGAAAAACCUGCAGGCAGCCAAAGAAGAGCAUGCAAUGCUGCUCGAGAGUAAAGCACAGCUGGUGCAAGAAGCCGAGGGCUGGGGUGAACGUCUCUGUGAGCUGGAGGAGGAGAUGAAAAUGUGUGAAAGAUCUCAUUCUGGCAUGCUGGAGGACUGCACUAAUAAAGACGAACGCAUCAAGUCCCUGACAGAGUGCCUUUUGAAGAUGAGAGAUUGGGAUUCUGAGGACGAGAGCAGCACUAAUACAGCUGGAACUGAGAAUGGAGACAGCUCAGAGUCCCAUAAGAAGCAAAAAGUUCAGAAACUCAUUGAAGCAGCCAAGAUGAGUGCAGACUUAAAGUCCAUGGAGGAGGACAAAAACAGGGUGUUCGCCAAACUUGCAGAUGAAAUGAAAGCCAAAGAAGAUCUCCAAGAGGGGAUCAAACAACUUGAGGAGCAGAAGGAAGUGUUGAAGUCAGAGAGUGCCAACUAUUCUAGUGAAAGCCAUAAACUCCAACAGAAACUCCAGAUCAUGACAGAGAUGUACCAGGAGAAUGAACUCAAACUGCACAGGUUGUUGACAGUGGAGGAGAAGGAGUGCUCGCAGAAGGAGGAGAAGCUCAACAAGGCAGGCAAAAAGAUCAGUCUCGCUGCAGAGGGGCUCCUUACUUAUAGACAACGAGCCAAAGACCUAGAGGAGGAACUGGACCGGACUUCACAGGCUUAUAAGAAUCAGAUUACUUCUCACGAGAAAAAGGCUCAUGAUAACUGGCUAGCCGCAAGGGCCGCGGAUCGAGACCUGGCUGAUGUCAAGAGAGAAAACGCUCAUCUCCGCCAGAAGCUGACUGAUGCCCAAUUUAAAGUCGAUAUUCUUGAUAAGGAUAUACGAGAAGGCAGACCUUUAUUUCGAGAUGAAAGAUCUCCAUAUGGACCCUCUCCUCUUGGCCGACCAUCCUCAGAAACACGGGCCUUCCUGUCCCCUCCUACACUAAUGGACGGCCCCCCUCGACUCUCACCUCAGUUUGUUAUGGGUCCAGGCAGAGCAUCCCGAGGCAUGGUAGAGCCCCCUAGUGGUGGGCCAGACUUUGAGCGGAGUGGCCCUCACUCUGAUAGUGGCUCACUGUCUCCCUCCUGGGACAGGGAACGCAGGGGCCCUCCCGGCCCUCCAGGUCACCCUCUCCCAGAUCCAGGUUUGGGAUAUAGAAGGCCUCCUCCAGGUCUGUAUCCUAUGGGUCCUUUGCCUCCUAGAUAUCCGUACUUGGGUGACAAAUCGGAUCCGUCAUUUUUAAGAAACAGCUCAUCUGUCAGUGAGAAUGAGAGCAGAGACGGUCCUCACACGAUGCCUGGUGACAUGAGAUUGCCCCCGGAUCCAGAUUCAAGAAUGGGACCUCCUCCUGGUCCCCCGUUAAUGGGAAUACCUCCACCGAUGGACCCACGUUUCCCUCACAGGGGCCCUUAUAUACCUCCGGAGUUCUUUCCCCCUCGUGGGCCUGGAGUUCCCCCCAUAGGCAUGCGAGGGCCAUUUCCCCCGGGAAUGUUUCCCAGAGCUCCAAUGCAGCUCCCUCAACAUAUGGGCUAUCUUCCACCACGACAUCUGUGUGACAGUUUCCCCCCUGGACCGCCUCCCAGACCCUCCCCACCAGGCAGCGAGCAGCCGCCCAACCAGUCGCCCUCUCCUCAUGAUGUCAUCUGAUCUUCCCAUCUCGCGCUCUCUUCCUCCCCCGCAGACUGCUGUUUUCAGCUUCCUGUUGUUGUGCUCAGGGGGUGUUUCCUUUGAUAUGUAACCACAGUAGCCUUGUGGUUAUCUAUUUUGUCUUAGUUGAAGCUUUUUUGAAAGAGCAAGUAUGGCAAAAGAUACAGCACAUACCACUGGUUAUUUUACAAAGAGGAAGUUGAUGUGUGUGUUUCAGGGACAGUGUAAGUGUGCAGCCUUUCUGAACCUGUAGGUAAAGUGUAAAAAAUAAGUCAAUGAGACUGCCUUAUAGGAUUAUAGGUGCUCAGGAUUGUAAUGUUAUUAUGAUUCGUUUUUAAAUUGAAGGUAGUUGAUGAAAAGCCCUCAUAUUUGUCAGACUGUAUAUAUAGAAAGUGUACUAAGUAUAUAUUGUGAAUAGGAUGUUGUUGAAACCCAGACUUUGGUAACUAACUUGACAAAUCCAACAACUUAGUCCAGAAAACCGUCCAUGUAGCAUAUAUAUAUAUAUAUAUUUAAGUUUCCUCAAAUAACAAUACAUGCCUUAAAAAAAUACAUGGUCUCAUGAAAUCUUGUACAUUAAUAAUAAAGAUGUCAUUGGAUUACUUUCAGUUUUCUGUGCUAAGAUAUAAAGCUAACACUUCAUGGUUCCCACAAUCAUGAAGAACUUGGAAAUAUCCAGGAAGUUAAAAAGUGUGAUUUCCAGAAAGAAUACACAAGUAUUAAAGUGCUGGUCAUUCUGAUAAUAGUUUUCAUAUAUCUGAUAAUUGGCAUAUAUAUAUAUUCGAAGUGAUUUUAUCACAACAAUGUACCGUAUGAAAAAUGGACAUGUGAUUUGCUAAAGAUUUAUUUAAGUGUAAAGAUUGACUAAAGUGUACAAAGUUAAUGUAAAUAAACGGUGUUUGGAAUUGAAAACCUAAAUAUAUACAAUUGCAGCAUUUUAAUGCUGUACAAUUACACUUUCUAACCAUAAUCAUAUAUGCUUGUUUUGUAGGAAUAAACUAAUGUGGUGAUUUAGGAAAAACCUAACAAGUUUUUGAUUUUGUUACAGCCACUCAACAACACUCACCUUGGUUUUAUGUGCUUUACUGAGCUCAAGUACAAUGUGAUCGGAACAUGUUUUAGUACACAUUUUAAGUAAGCUUAAUUAAAACAUGAAACUGAUAAGCAAUAUCACACUGACAUAUCAUCAUGUGUCCAUAAUUUCCAGAUUGGGAUAAGCUUUUGGAGAGAUUGCUAUAAUGAACAUGGCUCUGAAAUAUUUAAACCAGUAGAAUUUGCAGGUUUAUACAUUCAUUUCAUUCAGUCUCCCUGAUUGUGAAGAAUUAAGAAAAAAAAAAAGAAUGCAUUAAUCUGUAUGAAUACAGAGAAACAAGAUUGAUUUUUGUAUGCUUUUAUUUUACAGAUUAAAAGAAAAUGCAUUCGUUCAACAUUAAUUCAAAUCAACAUUCGGCUGGUUUACCCAAUAUCUGUCAGUUAAGUUUUUCAAAGGUUUUUCUUGUUUAUCGUGGAACCUCGAGAUCACUUUUUCUCAUUAAAAUCUUCCCACCUGGCAUGUUCACACCUGUGCCAGAGUACUUCCUGUUUGCAGAUGUACAUAUAAAAUCCAAUGCUAUGUGCUCACCGGAGACAAAUAGUAGACAGAACACACCUGCCCAAAUAUUAAACAUUUAAGAUGGUAAAACCAUUUUUGCAAAACAACGACACUUAUAAACUUUUUAUUCAAUGUUCAUAAAUAGAACCCGGACAUGUGUUGCAUAAAAGUAUAUACGUUGGUAUAUAUACGCAUAUGCAGGUUUAUGUUAUCUUUUUUAACUCCCCAUUAAGUUUAUAAGUUAGCAGUGUGGUCUUAGCACUGCUGGUGUCCCAAGAUGGCCAAUUCUUUAUUGCAAACUGUCCUGAUUUUAUACAAAUGCACAACAUUCGUACCACUUAUAACUGGGGCCUUCUGGCCAGUCUCAUAGAGACCAUGUCUGUAACCCACGGUCGCCCUUGAAACUGAGUUGGCUUCCGAAGAAUCAAGAUCUUAAAACAAUAAUAAUAAUAAUAAUAACAACAAUAAUAAGGCCAAGUAUCAUUGCAAGUUAGGUUAUUUCCAUUUGAGUGACAGAAGGAGAAAAAGAAAAGCGCAAAAUAAAAACUAAGUUAAGAGCCAUUGGAUCGUAUGCAUUCCGUUUGCAUAGUUUGUGACUUCGCCGUUAACGCAAGCCAACCAGAGAGAGAAAGAGAGGCCCGCGUCGAGCUCGAGAUCUGACCUGCAGUGGAAACAUGGUAACGGUUUGUUUUACCAAAGGCUGGCGUGAGGUUUAUAAUCAGUAUCGGGAAAAAGCUGUAAAACACUGACCGUCUCAGAUGGGGUCAUAGCAGCCCUCUUUCUCUUUACUACGAGAUUGUGAAAUGCAUAUAACG